AUGGGGGGCUGGUCCCGCAGCGCCUGGAUUUUGCCCCUUUUCUUGGCCGGGCUCAUCCAGCCGGGGCAGAGCCAGGAGAGGGAGAAGGUGAAAUGCUACGGCUCGGUGCAGGGCACCAUCUACGACUACGGGGCCUUGACCCUCGAUGGGGAAGAGUACGUCCCCUUUAGGAAUUACGCAGGGAAGAUGGUGCUCUUCGUCAAUGUGGCCACCUACUGAGGCCUCACCCUGCAGUACCUUGAACUGAAUGCACUACAAAAUGAGCUGGGGCCCUACGGACUCGUCGUCCUGGGCUUCCCCUCCAACCAAUUUGGGAAGCAGGAACCCGGCCAGAACUCGGAGAUCCUCCCUGCACUGAAGUACGUCCGGCCAGGGGGUGGCUUCGUCCCCAAUUUCCAGCUUUUCCAGAAAGGGGAUGUGAAUGGGGCCAAGGAGCAGAAGGUCUUCACCUUCCUGAAGAACGCCUGUCCUCCGGUGGCGGAGGAGUUUGGGAACCCCAAGAACCUCUUCUGGGAGCCCCUGCGGAACCACGACAUCAAGUGGAACUUUGAGAAGUUCCUGGUGGGCCCCGAUGGAGUGCCCGUCCUGCGCUGGUACCACCGCGCCAACAUCGCUGUCGUCAAGAAUGACAUCAUCGCCUACAUGAGGCAGCAGCAGCAGCAGCAGCAGCAGCAGGAGGAGGAGGAGGAGGCAGCCCAGUAG